AAUCUCCAUGAGCAUUUCGAUCGUGCUCCCGUCCAACCCAGAUCGGCUCCGGGGAGUGACGGAUAUCGACAAGUUUCUCUUUGUUUGCAACCCCAGCGCCCUGACCCGGAGAAUUGUGUUUUUUGACGAAUCGAUAGUAGGCUACAUCGUAUACCAGGGUCAGGAAUUACCAUCUCACCGAAGCCAGGUGUAUUUGGACGUCACAAUCCUUCCAGCGGAUAUAGUGGAGAACCAGAAUCCCGAGAAAUACCUCAGUUUAGGCUCUGCUGCAAUCACAGACUUGUUGUUGAAAGAAGAGAACUUAAUAUUCGACAAUGUCGAAUCACAAGCCAAUGGAAAUCAUUAUUCUAUUUGGAGAUUCGAAGUUCCCAUCAUUUAUCCUAGAAGACGGUUUUCCAAUCCUAUCCUCUUCUUGCUGUGUGCCAUACAUGAUUCUGGAACUGAUAACAAUCUCCAAUUGAGCACACUUAGCCUCCACUCGUCAGAUGAAUGCCUACCUGAUUACCUUCCAGGAAGAGCAAAUAACCUUAUUGCGGAGAUGAACAACCAGAUCAGUAAAUCUGCAGAUAACAACUCUAUUCUUGAAAACACCACCAUCAACACCCAGCUGUUGCAUGAACUAAAAGCCAGCAUUCGCAUACCUGUCUCGGUUUCCUUGGUGAUCAGAAUCAAGUCGACGAAACCAGCAGGUCGUAACAAUUUGCUCUUGGCCACGUUGAACAUAGAAUCUUCUGAGGAACUUUCUAAGCUUCUUGUAGAGGUAUUGGGCAACACUCCUGAGUACUACUUCAACAUCUCGAGUUUGUCUAUGGACUUCAAGUAUGGAGAUAUUAAAGAAAUCAAGACUGAUAGUCUUAGGCUUCCGUUAAGGUUUAAGUCGCUGGAUUCGAUCAACUUUACCUACAAGCUCACUAACAACGAAAACGCCGACAGCAAUAACUACAUGUUCAGCCGUCCUGUGAAUAUCAAACUCGUAGUUCAGAUCCAAAAGUAUAUACCCAAAUUGGAUACUUACGAAAACCUCAGUGGCACCAUCACCACGUCAUGGUCUCCUUAUUUGGACUUCAGCAUUAUAGCCCCGCCCAUCAACAGUUCGUUGAAAACCACAAAUACUUAUUCUCAGCAAUCACUGGCAUCUUCUCAAACGCAACCAGUAGUGCCAACUUCAAAAUUGUUGAACAGCACUCGUAAGUCGGCUAUGAUUAACUCUCUAUACAAGCUCAAGAGUCCCAACCCCACAACAUACAGUGCAAACAAUAUCAUGGGAACUUUGGGAUCGAAUUCUUCCGUCAAUACAUCAGCUUCGUCGGUUACUGUUAAUUUGACUACCAACAAUAACUCUACCUUGACUGGUUUGAAGCUAAACUUUAAGGGAAAAUUGAAUAUCAAGUUGGGAGAAGUGAAUAAUUGGAAAAUACAGGCUAUCAACAACUCUCCCAGUAGGUUGAAUUUGUCGCUUCUAGUGCAGAAUCCCAUCAACUUCAAUCCUAUCUAUAAUUCAGGGACAACUUCCAACAACGUGUCUUCGUCUAAUUUGCUUAAUUCAGAAGCUGUCACGGGACAAAGCAACGCCAGUAACGACAUCAUAGUGUACAACAAAUUUCAGCUCUAUUCGUUGUACAACUCGUUGAAGAUGAACACCAACGGUGUAAUCAUCUUAAACAACGACAUUCGCAUAGGACCUUUGGAUUCCAACACCGUCUUCGAGACCGACAUAAAACUCAUAGGUAUUUCCAAGGGGAUUUUCAACUUGGAUGGUAUUAAGAUCUUUGACAUCAACAGCGGUGAUGGCCUUGAUUUUGGGAAAUUGGUGGAAGUGUUUGUUAUCUAGACAAACCACAUGUCAUACAGUAAAUAUUUUAGACAAAUAUCAGGAAUAGAAUAAAUGAUAUGAAUGCAU